AUGGAGUCGUACUAUGACAAAUAUCAGUUCAUAAGGUACUCGAACGAUCCCAGUGGGUCACUUCUGGGAGAUCUAACUCCACUGCUAAGAUCCCAAAAUAUGACGCUCAGUUAUUCGAUUACUUUUUUGAUUCUCAAUUCGAAGGUAUCGGAAUCUGCGAUCAGCUACAUUUCGGAGUCGCUUCGUUCCGGACGUACUGCUCACAGCACGAUCAAGUCAGCAGCGCGAGCGUUUCUUGAAGAUCGAAUUCGGCAGAGCCCAUAUCUUAUGGAACUGAUUGUUCGUCUGUUUUAUUACGAUUACAAACUUCUCCACUAUCCUUUGCCAAAUCUUGAUCAGCUCUCCGGCCGAGACGCUCUUCAAAGUUCUUGA